AUGAGCUGUAACGGGUGCAGGGUUCUUCGCAAGGGCUGCAGCGAGGGCUGCGUUCUGAGAACCUCCCUCCAGUGGAUUGACAGCGCCGAAGCUCAGGCCCACGCUACCCUCUUCGUCGCCAAGUUCUUCGGCCGGGCCGGUCUCAUCUCGUUCGUCUCCUCUGUCCCCGAGUCCCUCCGCCCCGGUAAGCUCCUCCCUUCUCCGCCAUGUCUCCAGCGAGCUCCACUGAACUGAAACUAAAAGAGGGAUCUCCUCCUCCUCCUCAUCCUCAUUCUCCGGCAGCUCUUUUCCGGUCGCUCCUUUUCGAGGCCUGCGGGAGGACGGUGAACCCCGUGGAUGGGGCGGUGGGGCUGCUGUGGACGGGGAACUGGUACCUCUGUGAGGCGGCGGUGGAGGCGGUGCUCAGAGGCGGGAGACCUUCUCCGCAACCGGUGGACGAAGAAAAAAGAUCAGAGAAAGUCGACGUCUUGAGAGGCCUCUACCUCACUCCUCUGCAGAACGCCGGCGCCGGCGACGGGAAGAUGAGAGAAGUCGAGCCAUCGGAAGAGUCGGACACGACGAACGCCGACAGCGUGGGGAGGGUGACGGGUACGGCGGAGGAAAAGGAGAAGCUGUUGAUGCUCUUCACCUGA